CACACCCAUUUCACGUGUAGUCCAAUGGGUGCAGUACAGUGUUGUGUGGAGGAAAACAAAAUAAAAUGGGUAAAUGCAGGUUUAACUCUCUGUGGCUGGACAACAGUGGGUUCAGUGGGUGGUUGCAGCCGGUGCCUGGAGAUGUUUAUGGAGCUUGCUGCACUCUCUGCAAGAAGACUCUGAAACUUGGAACACUGGGAGUCAGGUCUCUGGAGUCUCAUGCAAGAUCAGUAAGACAUAAAGCUGCUGUGAAAGAAGAGCAGCUGAUGCCUGUAAUCAGCCACUAUUGUUCCAUGUCUGUAUCUGGAGCAUCGACUCCAACAGACCUCCAGACUGCGUUUGGAGCUACACCUACACUAGAAGAUGAGCCCUCUCCCGUUGUGCAGUUGAACGUCGGGGGUCACCUGUUCAGCACCUCUCUCAACACCAUCAGGAAACACCCCGAGUCCAAGCUGGCCGAGCUGUUCAGCAGACCGCCCAAACUACGCACCGACGCACAGGGACGCUACUUCAUCGACCGAGACGGUUCCCACUUCGGAGCCGUCCUGGAGUUCCUGAGAUCAGACUUGCUGCCCACAGAGAACAUCCAGGAGGUCCACGGGGAGGCAGUGUACUACAACAUCAAACCACUGGUCAAACGUUUGGAGGAAACUCCUCAGCUGUUUGGAGAGCUGGUGGGAAGGCAGCAGUUCCUCUCCAGAGUCCCGCACUACAAAGAAAACAUCGAGGUGCUGAUUCGUAUCGCCAGAGCCGAGGCCAUCGCCGCCCGCCACUCCACCAUCAUGGUCUGCGUACUGCGGACGGAGGAGGAGUUGGGUUUUUACGAGAACGCCAUCAACAGCCUGGAGGCGGAUAAAGAGUCCGUGGUGACAUUCGGACCCUGGAAGGCCGUCCUGUCCGUCAAAGACCUGCUGGACUGUGUAAAGAUGGACAUCGAGAGUCAGGGCUACAAGGUGAGCAUCCAGCCUCACGUCGUGGAGAAGAACUUCCUGUCCAGGAGCUAUGACUACUUCCACAAACUCAUUUUCACCUGGUGGUGAAGAGAGGGCUGCUUUUCUACUUUUAUUCAGAGAAGAACUGUACAUACUGUACACCCACUAUGCACCCAUGUGGAAAAAUGUGUUUUAAUUUUAAACAUUUCAGACACAAGGGGUCAGUAAAGCAUGUGUAUAUAAAGGUACUGUGGUUUAACAUAGAGUGAUGGGCCCACUGAAGUAUUUUUCUAUCCUUAUUUUCUUACAACAAAGGCUUUUGUCUUAUAAUUAAUUGGUGCUUAUAAAUACAAAUAUUGUUUUAUGUAAUGUCAGUGAAAUCUGCUGCUAAAUUUUAAUAAACAAAUAUUCAGUUACAAAA